GGUUCUUUGGAGGCGAUGGAUGAAGUUCCUAUGACGAUGAUGGUCCAACACUUAAUGGAAAGUGUAUACGGUUUAGUAAUAUGCAACGAUAAUUCGUUCUAUUGACCUCACUAAAAAUGAACAUCUAAGUGGAUGUUCUUGACUAAAGCUUGAAUGAGAAUUGUAUUUGUGGAUGGGCUACAUGUUUUACCUAUAUGCAUUCAAAUGUGUUGCUAUGAUGAUGACUACUUUAAGCCCAUUCCCACUUUCCCUAAGCCUAAACUGCUAGCUAAACAUGAUUUGAUGCUUCAUCAUUUUGUGUUAACCUCAUUGGACAGCUCUUCUUUCUGGGGCCGAGAUAUGGUCACAACCCCCUUUGGGGUUGUGAGAUUCACUACCAAGGGCAUUUUGGGUAUAAAAAAAACAAAUUUAUUAAUUAAUUUUUUUGUAUUAAUUACAGAUUGGGAAUUAAAAACCCAUAUUAAAUACAUGCUUUUUUUAAAAUAAAUCCAACAAUAAAUAUUACUCUCUCCUCCUAUCUCUCUCUUCCUUUCUAGCAGCCACACCACUCCGACCGACUGACUUUGCGACCGACACACUUUCUCCCGCGAAAUCCUUGAAUAAGACUCGCUCCGGCCACCUGCAAAAAAAUUAUCGCCCCAUCAGUGCGCUAGUGGUACGCUAUCGCUACCACUGGUACCACUACCAGUACAGCGGUACAACUACCAUCUGGUAGUGGUACCAAAUGGUAGUGGUACGAUACCACUACCAGCUACAAGAUGGUACGCUACCACUACCAUUUGGUACCUGGUAGUGGUACGCUACCACUCCACAUAGUACCACUACCGAUAGAAAAAACCAGAUCUGAAAGACGAAGGGGAGGAGAAGAGAUGAGGCACGGAGAGGCAGAGAGACUCACACGGAGAAGAGAUCCGAAAAACGAAGAGAUGAGGCAACGACAAGGGUGGAGGGCCGCAGAUGAUUGUAGAGGCAACAACUGCGGCAGAGGCUGUGGAGGGCGGCGAAGGCUGUGGUGGACGGCGGCGGUUGUGGUGGACGGCGGAGGGCGGCGGCGGUUGUGGUGGACGGCGGCGGCGGUUGAGCCCGGUAGCAGUCACGUCUGAUGGAGAAUUGGAGGAGGGAGAGAGGGAGGAGAGGGUUAGGGAGGAGUUAGGGUUUUCUUUAUUUAUAUGGGAGGGAGAAUAAUUGGGUGUGGUAACAUUUUCCAUUCCAAAAAUAUCCUUCUUCUAAUCCUAACCAUCGAUUUGAAAAAAAAGAUGAAAGAGACAGGAGAGAGCAUAUCCAAUGGUUAAAAAGUGGGUUGUGAAUCUGACAACCUCCAAAGGGGGUUGUGACCGUAUCUCAUCCCCUUCUUUCUGUGCUUUUUUUUUAGAUUAAUUACAGUCAACACGUCCACCACUCUUUGUUCCUAAUCAAAGCUUAAGUGAGUGGUGGUUUUGAGUCGUGAGAGAUUAUAUAUCGAUUACUGCUUGCCGCCACAAAGCAGAAUCCAGCACCUAGUUUAGUGUUUGACAAUACCGUCUUUAACAGAAUGCAAUGGUCUUAAAUCUAAGGGUAGAAUUAUAUUUACACCCUAUCUGCCAUUAUUAUGUCCAUGAUAGAAACAGAAGAAGCCAUGGAAGAAUCGAAGUUGUAGUAGUGUCCUGAAGUUGGUAGAUCGACCCUACCAAGUCCAACUCGAAAAAACAGAGAAGCUCUCACAUCUCUUUUCAAUAAACAAAAGACGUAGAGGAGAUGGUUGGAGAUGCCAUUUCCUUUCUUAUUUGUGAUUCUUCACACGUUGAUGCAAAAAGAAGAAGGAAAAAUGAAAUAGCCUUUUUCCUUGUCCUAGCAAAGACCAGACCUAACCUAACCUCAGGGGGAAGAAAGCAACAGAGUGGAACUUCCAAGCUUGUACUUUUGACUGCUUUCUAGACAUUCCCUGUUCCAUCCAUAUUUGAUUAUUUUCACUUUGGCACUAACUUCCUACUUCUUUUCAGCUCAUUCUUUUACCCUUUCUGGGUUUUAGACUUUCAGUUUUUAUCCCCUCUUAUUUAGUGCAGUUUGACUAGGAUUGAUUUCCAUACAUUGUAAAUGGAGUUGGAACUAAUUGAUUGGAUGGUAAAUAGCAAAAGUUGCAUGUGGUCGUUUUGUAAAAGCCUAAAACAUACCAUGAAUCAGACUAAACAUCUCCAAUCACACAAGUUAAUAAAAAUUUACUAUUUGGAUUAAAUUCUUGAGAAGGCAUGUGGUGAAUUAACAUUGUUUGUAAUGAUCAUGAAAGGAAGAAAAAAACAAUAAAAAACUUAAACAGACAUUUCUCAAAUAUCAUAUUUUUUGUAUAAAUAGUCAUCUCGCGUAAAUGAUUAAGAGAACCUUUUCUUAGUACUAAAGGAUCCCGAAGGACACAUUUUCGCUGUAAUAUUAAAUAUUAAUAAUGUCCACAAACCAUAGUAAACACUAGGCAGUGAACUCCGAAGCUGAUAGCUAGUGAAAACAACUUACUAGUAAUUCAACCGUAGACAAGUGCUCCGACUUCCCACGUUAGUUUCUUCAAUGAAUCUUAACCCUUUGUUUUUUUUUCUUCUACCUCCUGGCUCUCACUUGGAAGAAAGAUAUGAAGACGUUUUAAAUGAAAAUCAACUCUCGAUUAUUUAAACCUUUCCAAUAAUUUUUUAUAAAACGAUUUGUACACGAAACAUCACUGAAAUGGUCUCACGCUUGUUCCCGUAAUUUGCAAAUAGAGUUUAUAUAUUCCACAAUGACGAGAGGUGAGGUGGUAAAUUGCCAUUAUCUAUAGACUAUAGUUAACCACUAAUUAAGCAGCCUCUACUAGACCAGCUCAACCGCAUAAAGAGCUCAAGAACAUGAUGGAAAGCAGUGCCUAGCUAUAGCCAUUAGCCUCAAUUGCUUAGUGGAGACAAAUUAAAGCUGGAAUUAGAUUAAACAAUAACUAGGCAGCUAAACAUGACCAACAACUAUAUACUACACUAAAUAUUAUAAGAUAGAGAGCACAAACAUGAAGCAUGAUUCCAACAAACCGCUUUAAUUAGUUUUCAAUUUGAUGAUUGUUCAAUCACUCAACUUCCAGGAACUUGACUUGAUCAUCAUGCAACAUUUAUAUAUUCAUUGAGGAAUUUAUAAUGACCCAGAUCCAAGAAAGCUUGAUCUCAAGCUGAUAUGAUGCCAAAUAACGCACGAUCAUGUAUAUAUAAUUGCUACCAAGAAGCUGCUAGCUGUUAACUAAAGCGUACCCUUGAUUAUUCCCUUUGCUAAACAAAAUGAUUAAUCAACAAACAAGGACUUAAGUUUUAUAGUAAAAUCACUAGUUUUGAAUGUGGAAGUUUCACGUUUUAACUUUUUAAGUGGUACUUAAACACAAAAAAUAAACAUAUAUCGCCGUUGAUUAAUGGGGGAGGAUCCAGUCCAGAGGAGCAGUAAGAUAGAUAAGUAAGGCAAAGAAAGAAAGGAAUCUCUUAUUAUUAUAUUGAUUCACCUACAAGUUAAAUGAUUCCAUUCACUUACUCACUUUUGACCAUAGCAACUAGCAAGCCAACCGCUGCAAUUAUAUUGACUGAAAGCGGCAUUUAGGGAUGGUAAGGAGAGUUUGGGGUGGAUAUGUAUUAUUAUCCUAAUCUAAAAUAAUUUGAAUAUCAAUAUGUUGAGAAACUAAUGAUUUUUUUUUUACAAAAUACUUGUGUAGGUGAAUAAUCGAGUGGGUUCAGAUUACGUAGUGAGAAAAAAUAUUCGAACUCUGAUUUUGCCCUAAUCGAUUAGAUCGGAUUGAGACGGAUAUACACUGCUAUAGUUAUUUUUGUCAUCUCUAGUGGCAUUUAAUUAGUUUUUAUUAACUCAUCUCCUUAUAAAUUCUCCCUAUAGCAACAAACUAAAAAUAAUUAUAUACACGAUUAGAGAGACCUAGUUUCAGUAACCUAUAGCUCCCAAAAUUGCUAGUUAAACUAGCCCUAGCUAUGGUGUGGUCCGUAGAUUAUGAGUUGAUCAUUGAUUAGCUAGCUAAACACCUCCUUAAUUAAUUAGGUCUUCGUUUGAUUGGAUACCCUUUUCUUUCAAGAAAGUCGGGUUCUGUCCUAGCUAGAGGAGUCCUUUUGUAUGUUUAUUAGUUAUUAAUUAGUCUAAAAACAGAGAGAGGAGUCGUUGUUAGUACAUUGGAAAUUCCCAACUUUUACUUGUUAAGGUUAUAUUCCUCAUGUCCCCCUCUCCUUGUCAUUAUAAUCAUCGUCUCAUAAUACUUCCUAUUACACACCGCCAAAGGAUAGCGAAACAAACAAUAACAGCCGGUAACCUAACCGGCCGGCCGGAUCCGGUCAAUGUCGAUAUUAAUUGGUACUAAUUAAGUACUUGACAUGGUAUCUGACAUGGUAUGUGAUCGAUAUUGGUUUGACUAAAUGGUCGUGUGUUCGAAUAUGCAUGAUCCUCAAUAUUAACGUUUGAUUAAAGCACAAGGUAUGGUGAUCGCUUGUGCAAACUUAAAGCUCAUGGGUUAACUUUCUUUUGAGGAGGCGUGUUAGAGAGUAGUAUAAAAUCCAGCAUAACCCUUCUUCCAACAACUCGAAUUAUUGGGAUCAACUGGUUUAUUUAUGACAUGGUAUUUGACAGUACUGACCACUCUACGAGAACGAGAGUGUGUGUGUGCGUGUGUGUGUUUUCCAGGCGAGAAAACUUGCGUUGAAUGAGAAUUGAAUGCACCUUGACUUCCUUGGACAACGAUCACUAAACACGGUUCACACCUCUUCAAACACAGCUCGAACGAGAGUGUUCGAUGUUUACACGACUUUCGAGACAUAUCUACAUUAAGUUGCUCCUACUCCUAUGGAGAUUCUGAGAGAGCUCCAGAUCUACGACUAUUGAUAAAAAUUGCAGAGGAAAGAUAAAAUUGAUAAACUUGACAAGUGGUGUCGAGUGGUGAUUUUUGCGAACACUUUUACUGUCAACUCCUCCUGCUAUUUAUAGCCUUGAAGUGGUAACUGAAAACCGUAUGAGAGUAACUUCCAAAAAAGAACUGCUCCCCUUAUUCCUCGGACGUGGCUGACGUGUUCUUGCACGUGGGAUAAUCGACAGUUGCUCUAUUAACCGCCUGCUCUUUAUCUUGGAACUGUCGUCUUGUUACUUGCCUCUCCCACAUGGCUUGCUUUCUUACUUCCACCUUGUUAGUUUAGAUCUUGGACAUGGUCUAUACUCACGAUGUGGUAUAGAUCUCGCGACCACGUGGGGCUCUAAAUUUGAUCUCGCGACCACGUAGGGCUCUAGACUUGACGCCAACGUGGUCUAGAUCUCGCGACCACAUCGGGCUCUAAAUUUGACGCCAACGUGGUCUAGAUCUCGCGACCACGUCUGACUCUAAUCUUGACGCCAACGCGGUCUAGAUCUCACGUCGGGCUCUAAACUUGACGCCAACGCGGUCUAGAUCUCGCGACCAUGUCGGGCUACCCAACUCGCGACGAGACUAGCUUCUUCUUGGAGACUUAGUGAUUUGGGCUUAAAAACUAGUAUCAUGAGGCCCAGUUCAAAUAACAUUAAUUGUCAUUAAUAAUCUGAUCUUAUAAAGACAGUUAAUGCCUUGUAAAUAAUCAAUGUGGUACAAAAUUAUUUUUUUGUGUAAACGGUGUAUGUAAAAUCCGGACAUUUUGUGCAUGGUUGACAUGAUUGCUAUGUGUCCGAUCGUUUAUUUCCUUCUGUGCUAGUUUGUGCUAAUGGUGGCAGCUCCUUCAUGCAUGCCGAGUUGGAAAUACAUCUGCAACAUAAUUAUAACUAUUCAUUCUCGAGUGCAACUUCGUAAGUAAUUUUCGUGCAUAUCUGAGUCAAUUCUGUAACUUAAGAAUUCAAUAGCUCAAAAUAUUACUCUCACGUAAUAACAAGUGUAUGAUACUGAUUUGAGGAUCCAUACUCUCAAGUAGGGGCGGGCAUCGAUCCGGUCCAGAUCGGAUCGGACCAAAUUCAGACAGCAGAACUGCGAUCUAAUAGUAAAAGGUAUCUUACGAC